CGUACUCGGCCGUGCCACUUAUCCUAGGCAGGGGCUUUGGAAUGAUCUAGUAUAAUAAUAUAGUUACGAAAGCGGCCGGCCCUUUACUCCUCAAUCAUUUCGCUUCUUUCGCCUGUUACCGUUCCCCAGAUCGACAUUGGCUUGUAUUCACCGUCGCCGUCCAGAUGAACCCAAUAGACCUGUCGUCCUUGGAAGGCCCGCCUAUCAUUCAUCGGCCCCAUUCCACAAAUCCUUACUCGGGUGUCCCCAGUAUACAGUUAGAUUAUUCAGCGUUACCACUGGAAGCAUUCGAUGGCUUGCCAAGCCAUCCUCCACGGCCAGCAUCCGCUGACCCGGUGCCGUCGUCCCGACAGAAGUCGCCUAGUAUAGCAUCUGGCGUGAACUGGCAUCGUCGUGAACGAAGCAACAUGCAGCACCCAGCAAACUUAACCCCCGGGAAUGACAUUCGCCAUGGUGCCUCUGAACGAAGAGUCGAUUACUCCGCUGCGCGCCGCCCUAUCUCUCAUCCGGGGCACUCCUCUCCUCUGGGCUUAUUCAACCCGCAUCCUAGAGUAGAAAGGCCUUUUCGCACGCAAAGCGCCUCGCCAUCCCACCAACUUAUCUGGCUCGAUGAACAAAAUAUCUGGGUGCGAGCAGAUAUCACUGUCUCAACGAAUUUCUCCGGCCAAGUGCCAACACUGACUCACUCUCGCUCGAUGGACACAUACCUUACGAAUAAUGGCGGGCGGGACGCAGACAUCCCCGCCUCUCCUCCACCCCCAUAUGAACAGCAUGUAUUCGAUCAGCCGAUAACGUCGCCGCGGGUGAUUCGGGAGGAGCCUUCGUCACGAAUGACCGCGCAUGAUUCAAUGUGGACGGCCGUUGCGGGGCGGAGGGCACAUCGGACCCCUUUUGGCAAUUGAGAAGCAUUGCAUACACUCCAACAAGUGUUUUAUAACUCUAAGCCACCGGUGUCGGCUCACCGCAUUGCGGCCUAUAUCAAUAAGCGUCAGUCAGUUGCAAUUCCCUGACCCUGCAAACAAAUAUCUGGCAGCCGGGAAGACAGGUUUUGCGUCUGUAUCAGGGAUAUUGAUCACGCAUUCCCGCUUGUCAGUGUUUCCACCUGGCUUGACUCAAAAAGGAGCCUUGCUAGCGACAAAUGUUUUCGUCACUACCUCUCUCAACAACGUGAAGACAGCUCAUGCCAUACUCAAGAG